GGUCCCAGAGAAUGGUGAGCAUUUGGCAAUGCUGGAAGGGGGGCACUCAGAGGUAUGCUUUCUCUCCCCACAGUGGCCGGACUGGGUUUUGGGCUCAUGAGCGGUGCCUUCUCCAUGGUCAACCUGCUGUCGGAUUCCUUGGGCCCUGGCACAGUGGGCAUCCAUGGGGACUCACAGCUCUACUUUCUGACUUCAGCCUUCAUGACCCUGGUCCUGAUCCUGCUGCACACCUUCUGGGGAGUCGUCUUCUUCCACGGCUGUGAGACCCAGCGCUGGUGGGAGGUGGCAGUGGUUGUGCUGAGCCACCUCAUCGUUUCUGGACUGACCUUCUGGAAUCCGCUGUAUGUGGCUAGCCUCCUCCCCGCUUACCUGCUGAUGGCAGCCAUGGCCGUCUGGGCCUACGUCGUCUCGGGGGGCUCCAAGCAGAACCUGCGCCACUUCCUUCUUUGCCUGCGGAGUGGGACGACCCCCCAGCCGGGAUCCUGAGCCCACCCACCCUGCAGCCUGCUCUGGUCCCGGACGGUUUUGUGAUGCAGCCAGUGUCUUCAGGAACAUUGCUGUGAGACAUUUGGGGGGGGGGGGGGGGACUUGCACCCCCUCCUCUGAACUAAAAUGGGAGGGAGGGACAAUACACGGUGCUGGCAACUCCUGGCUGUGCAUUUCUGAACCAGAGAAGACUCUGUGGCUUUUCUGCAUCUGGAGCAAUGCAGCGGGUGAGGAUCCCACCAGGAACUCUUGUGGCAGAAUGGUUCUUCUCACUUACCCACCCACCAUCCAAGAAAAAGGGGAAGUCCCAAUGACAAAGAUAUGUUUGCAGGGGUGGAUUAGCCAAGGAGCCCUGAGGGCGUGUUUCCUUCCUGGGGUGGGCAGAGACCCCGCAAUAUGCAUUUGUACCAAUAAAGAAUGAUGAUGGACAA